CCGGUCUCCACUUGCAGCCGCUGCCACCGUCAACCGUUGGAGUCGCUCGGCCCGUCUCCCAAUUCUCUCCCUCUCUUUCUUUUAUCCUUUCAGUUUAUAUUCCCUCAAAACUGUAAUAGCUUGCUUUUAUCUGAGCUAGUUGGUUUUCAACUCCUUAGCUGCUAUUCGGCUGUUGAUGAUCUAUCCCAGCAUUGCUAAUCUUCAGCUUCUACUGUUCUAGGACUAUAUCAGUGUUCCUUUUAGUUUGUCUCUGCUCUUCAAGCAUGCAUGUAGUGAACACUUGUGCCUUUUUUUUUUUUUCCUUUUUUUUUCAUGUUUAGUUAGUUGCAUAAUCCGUAAGAAUUUGGUGGGUUGGCUAAAGAUUUUGAUAUAUGAGGGCUAAACCCAAAUGACAUAUAGUGCUGCAAGGCUUACAUGUUGUGGGUUCUAUCUAAACUAGGCUGUAAAUUUAUUUAUUUUCUGCAAAAGCUACUAGAGCUCUGCCGGUAGUUUGAUAUGAUUCUAAGUUUUUACCAACUGGCCUUUCCACCCAAACUGCAAAGUUGUUGGGUUUCUAUGAAAUUUGAUUAGGGUUAUGGUUCGAUCAUGACGUUGUUAACCUAGUUCGCCACGAAAAGCCUUUGCCUUGAUUUUAUGUCAUGAAUAUUCUUAACUACUUAGUUCAUCUUCCGUUAAGAUGGAUAAUUUGGAGUAAUCUUAACACACAGCUUUGUUCAGUGUUUUAAAAGCCAAUUUGUCAGACUGGUGGCGUUGCUGGUGUUUGUAGUUAGGUAUGCAUAAAACCUUUUUUUCCUGGAAACAUGUACAGAUGGCAUGAUGGAGGCCAUUCCAUUGAAUCCAAAUUGAUUAGGUCUCCAAGUUGAUAGGCACAGAAAAAAAGACUGCUAGUUCAGCUGCUAUAGCCUGGCAGAGGAUGCUUAAAGAAAUGUACAUAGUUAAAUUGAACUUAGCAGGCAAUAGGCCAUCGCCCUAUCCCAGCCCCCCAGGCCCAUCCUUAGUCAACCUUCACUUUCCAGUUAACCUCGUGAAAAAAUUAUCGAACUCCCUGGCACCCCAAAUUGUGAAUGACCCCUUGAGUUUUAUGUUUUUUGGGCUCCUUUUGAUUCAUCAAUAUUUCUUAUUUGGUUGCCACAGUUAGGAAGCUCAAUCACUUAGUCGCCUUCACAGUACCAUUUUCCAAUUUCAGCUGUUCCCAACUCGAGAAAUAUUGAGACUCAUUUUUGUCCUAAACUGUAAUUUGUCUUUCAGAAAUAAGUCUCCUAGUUUUUGGUCUCAAGUUUUUCCAGUACAUCAUACUUGGACUGUGGAUUUUCUGAUUAACAUGGGUAUUUGGAUAGUUGAUUCUUGAUCCUUUUGUGUAGGGAAUUGCUACCAACGUUUUGGUGUUUUUGGGUCUUAUUGUUUACUGAUAAGAGUAGUGGUUUGGAGGUGUUAGGCCUCAUGUGUUUGGUCAUACAUAUGUUAUAUUGUAUGGAAAUGCUUUUUAUGUUUCCAGCAUAUGGCUUAAAUUACAAAUGCCGUCAAAAUGCUUGUCAUAUCGAGGCAUCUAACAGUCUCUUUUAUUCGGUCAAGGUGAGUGCUUUACAUUGUUUUACUGGAUCUAACUUAUAUACACUGAAUAUCUCAUCAGUCCUCACACGCCCCAACCCAUAAGUUCUAAAUGGGGGAUGAUCAAUUCUUUGUGGUAUUAUGUGUCUCCCCUAAACAUUCUGAACGGAGGAAUAUUAAUUCUUUGACCAGGUAUGCUUGGUUUUUCUGCUGCUGCUCGUGCGGCUACAUCACCCAACACCAAUCUUGUCCUGCUAUUCUCCACCAAGCUGCCAAUUGCUGAUUCUUCUUCUUUCUCUUCUUUCACGUCUUGCUCAGUGAGGAACUCAUCUUGGCUGCAUACCAGUUGCAGACCAAUUAAUGCCGUGGCUGCCCAAGAGGCUCAAUCCUCAGCCUCAGCCACAGGUGAUAGGCAGGCUCUGAUAUCUUUGUCAGACAAAAACAAUCUUGCCUUCUUAGGGAAUGGGCUUCAGAACUUGGGAUAUAAAAUUGUUUCCACUGGAGGAACUGCAUCUGCUUUAGAAAGUGCCGGGGUGUCUGUCACUAAAGUUGAAGAACUUACUUGCUUCCCGGAGAUGCUUGAUGGUCGUGUAAAAAUUUUACACCCCAACAUUCAUGGGGGUAUCCUUGCUAGAAGAGACCAAAAGCAUCAUAUGGAAGCUCUUAGUAAUCACGGAAUUGGUACUUUCGAUGUGGUUGUGGUGAAUUUAUAUCCCUUUUAUGAUAAAGUUAAUUCAAAGGGAGGAAUAGAAUUUGAGGAUGGAAUCGAGAAUAUAGAUAUUGGUGGUCCUGCCAUGAUUAGAGCUGCCGCAAAGAAUCACAAAGAUGUCCUGGUGGUUGUUGAUUCAGAAGACUAUCCUGCACUGCUAGAAUAUCUUAAAGCGGACAAGGAUGAUCAACAGUUCCGAAGAAACCUUGCGUGGAAGGCUUUUCAACAUGUUGCUUCUUAUGAUUCUGCUGUUUCAGAGUGGCUUUGGAGGCAGACUACUGAAGAUAAAUUCCCUCCUAGCUUAAUAGUUCCUCUAUUGCUGAAAAGUCCCCUUCGGUAUGGUGAAAAUCCUCAUCAAAAGGCUGCAUUCUAUGUUGAUAAGAGUCUUUCUGAGGUUAAUGCUGGUGGCAUUGCAACUGCUAUUCAACAUCAUGGAAAGGAGAUGUCAUAUAAUAACUAUUUAGAUGCUGAUGCAGCUUGGAAUUGUGUGUCAGAGUUCAGAAGUCCUACUUGUGUUGUUGUAAAACAUACAAAUCCUUGUGGUGUAGCAUCACGUGAUGAUAUACUUGACGCAUACAGGCUUGCUGUCAAAGCAGAUCCAGUGAGUGCAUUUGGUGGCAUUGUAGCUUUCAACAUAGAGGUUGAUGAGGGUCUUGCUAAAGAAAUCCGUGAGUUUAGAAGCCCAACAGAUGGUGAAACUCGGAUGUUUUAUGAGAUUGUGGUUGCACCCAAGUAUUCAAAGAAAGGACUCGAAAUCCUUCGUGGAAAAUCAAAGACUCUGAGGAUCCUCGAGGCAAGCAAAAAUGAGAAAGGAAAACUUUCGCUUAGACAGGUUGGUGGUGGGUGGUUAGCCCAGGAGUCGGAUGAUUUAAUUCCCCAAGAUAUCCAGUUUAAUGUUGUGUCUAAGAAGUCUCCACAAGAAAGUGAGCUCAGUGAUGCAGAGUUUGCAUGGUUGUGUGCCAAACAUGUCAAAAGCAAUGCAAUUGUAAUAGCAAAGAAUAACUGUAUGUUGGGUAUGGGAAGUGGACAACCGAACCGUUUGGAGAGUUUAAGAAUAGCAUUGAGGAAAGCAGGAGAGGAGGUCAAGGGGGUAGCUUUGGCUAGUGAUGCCUUCUUCCCAUUCGCUUGGAAAGAUGCCGUGGAAGAAGCAUGCGAAAGUGGAGUCAGUGUUAUUGCAGAACCUGGUGGCAGUAUAAGAGACGGAGAUGCUAUAGAUUGCUGCAACAAGUAUGGUGUUUCACUUGUUCUCACUAAUGUGAGGCACUUCAGGCAUUAAUAACGGAUUUUAGUUUUGGUCCUUGCUCCUUUUACUUUCAUCCCAGCACCUUUGCUUAGAGCUCAGAAUCUAAUUUUUGUUUGGAUCACUAGGUUUGUUUCCUCUCACGGAGAAAAUCCUGUAGUCAUGUUUCUUGUACAAUCUGAAUGAUGCAUGUAUUUUGCAUACAACAGAUUUUGUCUCUGUUUUCACUAAAGCUGAAUGACUAAUGUAAAGAAUUAUAAGGUUAUGUAUUUGUCUGAUGUUCUUCGUAAAAGAACUAAUAAUCAGAAUAAUCUUUUUCUUUUCUUGUUUC